CUCGUCAGAAUAGGCCCGCCCUCCUUGAAGCCUUGCAAAGAUGACACCCUACGAGAUCUUGUUCAGGUUCAUGGACAAAGAUGGUCAAGACAUCUCGCACUUGAUCCGUCGACUCGACGACCCCAGCGAAGCUGAUGUCAACGAGAUGACUUUCGAAGAGUACCGCACGGUUUCUGAGAAGAUGAUAGAGCGCAAGCGCACCGUGCGCGAUAUCCACCUCGGCUGGCCUUGGGAAGACGUUCUCGCCGCAGAGGAGGAAGACAAAGCGGCAAGUCGCAAGGCGUACAGGCUGCUCAGGGCCCGGGAGCUGGUGCGCUGGUGGAAGGUGGCUGAGGAAAAGGCUGAGGCCGAUUUCUUGCCCGAAGCGACGACGAGUACGGAGCCUCGACAGCCUGUAAGCAUCAGCGAAGGCUCGGAGGAGGCGUUCCGCAAGGCCAAGGCCGCUGUGGAGAACAGGAAACAGGCGGCCUUCGACGAGCUGAGGGAGGCGGAGGAGGCCAUGGAGGAGUAACAGCAAGAAGCUAGUGAUUCGUACAGAGGGCAAGCAGAAGGGACCUGGACUAUGAUGCGUGGCCAUGUAGAAUGACCAA